GGACGUUUGAGGAACUGCAGUUUUUGGUACUUCCACAUUGGCCUCAGCACACAGCCAUAGAGAUUGCUACUUGGUUACUUGGGCAUCCCUAGAAAUGACACUAUAAAUCACAGGCUGUAUUAUUAUUGUAUUACUGCUCUUCUGCUCUUCGUGGCAUUGAUCACCUCUCAUACAGCCUACCCUCCCCCUUCUCCGUAUAGUUUGCACACAGGGACAGCCUACGUGUUUUCCUCAUGAGGUAAAGUGCACUAUUCCUCACACGUCUGGUCAUGGACUCAAAGCUCCGCUGGUUUGUUCCUCAUAUUUGAGCAAUUUAAUUAAAAAAAAAAAAUCUUCACUGUUGUUAUCCACAUCCUGAUCAUCAGUCCCAGAGGGAGUAAAGAGGAGAAGAAGAAAAAGAAGAAGAGGAAGAAGAAGAAGGAGAAGAUGGGGUGCUGCUCUGCACGAUGCAUGCUGAUCCUCCUCUGCUGUUUGCAGUUGAUAACUGCACUGGAGAGGCAGCUGUUUGACUUCCUCGGUUACCAGUGGGCUCCCAUCAUGGUCAACUUCUUUCACAUCAUCGUGGUCAUCCUGGGCCUGUUUGGAGUCAUCCAGUACAGAUCACGCUACGUUGUCAUGUACCUGCUGUGGACGCUGUUGUGGGUCGGCUGGAAUGUCUUUGUGUCCUGUCUCUACCUGGAUCUGGGAGGCCUUUCAAAGGACAGUGAUAUACUCUCCAUGGGAGUGUCGCCACAUCGCUCGUGGUGGAAGGACAACGGUCCGGGAUGUGAGAGCGACGGCCUUCCCUCGGCUGGGUGGCAGAACCAGCAAAACCCAGAGCUGACCACAGUAGUGAGCUGCUGGCUGGAAUACCAGUACAUAGAGAUCCUGCACUGCAUCGUCCAGCUCCUCCUAUCACUCCUGGGAUUUGUUUACGCCUGCUACAUCGUCACUACUUUCUCAAAUGAGGAAGACAGCUUUAAUUUCAUUGGUGAAUUUCAUCAUCCAUCCAAAUCCUCUCAGUUGUUCUUCUAGUCUAAAGACCUGUGGAUUAUAAAUGACCACAAAAAUAAAGCGGUUGGGGAAAAAGCUGAGAAGGAGCUGGACGAGAAAUCGCUUUGAAGAAGACUAAGUCGUCAAUAAAACAUCUGUCACAGAUGCCGAACACAAACUGUACACGCUGUCAGGAGUCAAGAAUUUUCAGUAUAUCACAGUAUAUAAUGUGUAUGUCUUCCCUCAGACUUUAAAUGCUGUAAAACUACAUGUAAAUCUACCUCUGUGUGUGCGUGUGAGAAUGUACAUGUGUGUGAAAGAGAUCACUAGAAAUCACUAGAUAUUAAACACAAAGUGUGAUUUAAAAUAUGUAAAUAGGUUUGAUGUUUUGUAAAAUGUAUAAAUUAUUAAUAUGUGUCAUUUAUAGUUUGAAUAAGUGAACAUCAUGUGUAGUAAAUAAUGAAAUAAACCACGUCUACAAUACAAUUAAUACACAGCUCCCAAAGGGUGCUAUUUUUUUUAUCUUGUGCACACAACUUAUUAUCUUGAGUGAAGCAAUUAUUGCAAUGUUAUUAUUUAUUUAUGUCUUGUAUAAAGCCAGGUUGCAGCAGGAACCCUACAAACAUUAAAGACAUCAUAAAAUUGCUUAAACAUUGCACUGGGCAACCAAAAUGCUCCAGCAUUCAUUAUUGUAAUGCAACUAAACUGUUAUUGGCUUCUCCACUUAAUGUUAUUGACACUUGACCAAGCUGAACAACAUCCCAGUGAAAAGACACAGUGUGUGCUCUGUUGUGCCUUUUUGUAUGAUGAAAAAUAAACAAGAAGUGUGAAUUUCAACUUUAUUUUAAUGGCAUUUUAAGAUAAAUAACUUGUGUGGACACAAGAUAAAAAAAUAGCUG